AUGUCGACGACUCAUGAACCAGAACUGUUGCUUCAAGCCGUUUUCCAUCACCUAGUCCUUCCUUCUAAACUACCCAGUAAGAACGACGAAGGUGAUCAUGGGCUGGCGUAUGAUCUUGGAAGUCGACUUCGACGCGCCUUGGCCAAGUUCAGUGACCAUCAAGACCAGGAUGCUUGGAACGUCAUAGUCAGCUCUAUGAAAGCCACAGCAUUUUUGAACCAGGGCCAACUGAUCAGCCACGAACUUCUGGAAUACCUUCAAGGCAUCGCUAGUGGCAAGAACAACAUAUGGCUUGCCCUUUCUGUCACUCAGCAGAAUUCUGCUUUGCUAAUCCAUCGCGAUGACAUUAAAGAUACAGUGGUUUUCGAAGCAUUCCAGACUGAUGCCCCGGUUCAAGAUGUUCUGGCAGCAAAGCACUGCCUCACGUGGGAAUUUCCCCAUCGUUCAGCCCAAGUUCCAUUCCGCGUUUUCAAUGAUAUUUCCUUUCAGAGAAACCUGGCUCAGCUUUUGGCACAGGCAAGCAACGAAUCUUUCGAUAUGUUUGCCGCGAAGGCUUCCAAGGGCGGAAAAUCGAUUCCCGAGACCCGCAACUCCACAGACCCUGCCCUGAUAAUUGACAUGCUCAUGUCACUUUUAGAGGGGCUUGGAAGUGGCGUCCAAGUGCAGUCAGUCAUUAAAAAGGUUCGAGAUGACGUUGUAUUGGGCUCAUCCGAGAUUCCCUGGCGGCGCUCUUCGUACUGGCUGGUUCUUCGCGUAGCAUUGAGACGCAUGCUGCGGGAGUUGCUAGACCACAAGUGCGCAGGCAUGGGACAGGUCUAUUACAAAUUUAUUAUAUGCACCAUGUUGUCCGACCUUCUUAAAGACUCUGCUGAGCGUCUGCACCCCGAGAUGACGAUGCAGCUUCGAUCAAAGCUCUGCCGUCGCAUGGCGAAACUCGAAGCGGAUAGCGCAGUGUCUUCACCAUCUUUGCGCCGAUUGUAUAACCAACUUUUCGCAUCUACUUCGGAAGCCUUUGAAGAUGUCGUGAAGUAUGCAACGGAACGUGUUUCUUUGCAAUGGGAUGACUUCAAGGCCAGAGCUGCUCGCCGUAUUCCAUCUCUUCCGCGCCGUGUCGCAGAAGCUGAUUUAUACAUGAGACUCAAUAAUAGUGGCGAAUUUCUGACAUCUCAGAUGUCACAACAGCCCAGCCACCGAUACCGUAUGACCUCUCCGGAUGUGCUUCAGUUACAAGAGGGGUCAGUUCUUGAAGUUGGCCGCCUAGCCGACCACUAUAUUUCCCUCCAAGAUAUUGAGAGUACGGCGGCUAAGAGACUUACUUCCACAUCAGAGAAGUCUCAAGAAGUGUGCAAGUUACUUUCUAAAAGUAUCAUGGACCUACUUACUAAGGUGGGAGACACCUUCAACAUUGACUCGAUUCCGAUGAGUCGCCACCUUCUCAGACUCUUCGAGCUUUGGACAAAGAUGGACGAAGCGGCAAUUUCCAUAUGUCCAUUACUGAAAGAAUAUCAUCCUCUAUUCAUUCCUGAUGCCUUGGAUGUUCUUUGUUUGAUGACUAGGGACGAGAUGGAACGGUUGUUACUAGUACAGCGAUAUAUUCGCAAUCGUGUGGCUUCACACAAGAAAGGCCUGGGUACAAUCUUCGACAACCCCAGGAAGGGGUCAAACUUUCCUGCCAAAUACGUCUCUUCCACUGCGGCUGGUCGUCAGAUGUUGGUGACUGGUACGCGGAUAGAUGAUGCUUCAUCAAGGGCCAGACAAUCAACCCUGUCCGAGCUCGAGCGUCUGACAAAAACGUAUGACAGCUUGACACAGUCGCUGAACGACCUUACCUGCACAUGUACCGUAUCUCCUACUGGUAAAAAACUCCCACAUACUUGCCGAAGAUGUCCGAAAUUUUGGCGACGAAAGAAGCUCAAGAUCAGUGUCCACGAAGACUUUCUCCCAUCAACAGAGACUGACCAGAGCAAGGCCCAACGGGCAGCUAUUCUUCUUGAGCUGCUUAUCCCUGACUACUUGUCUGCCUAUCGUACAGCCACCUGGCAGUUGUAUCUCCUUGGAACCACAGUGCACUCAAGCACCAAAGGCGUCCCCAAACUGGUCCUUGAAGAUAUCACCGAUAUCAAGAAGUUCUCCCUAGAGGUGAACAAAACCUUCACGCUUGCUUCGCGCAAAAAGUCAUUCCGGCAAACUCACUAUGGAAAGUUGAAAUUACCGAAAACACCUGACCAGGUCACUUUUCGUUUUGGAGCUGAAAUGUUUUACUAUGAUACUGUCUCAAAGGUUUGGGCGGACGAACUCCCCAAGAUUCCAUGGUAUCAGCACCUUUUAGGCUCCUGGCUUCCACAAGGCAUCGUGGAUCCAUAUGAAGCGCCCAGAGGAGUUCUAUGCAAGCUUUUGUAUCGUCCCUCUUCUUACGAGAUCGUAGCAAGCGAAUCAAUGGGUCCGCAAUCCACAUCUGGUAACGAUUUCUGUGCCUCCCAGCGAGCGGUUUCUGCGCGAGGCCGACGUUGGCUCGAAAUUCUGAAGGAAUUGGCUGCUUCCAAUUUUGACUUUAGUAGUAGAGCUGCAAACUCUUUCUUUCAUCGCCUUGCCAUGCAGGCCGGCCCAGCUUCACUGGAAGAAGGACUGCUACGUGAAGUUCACUGGGUGUUCAACAGUGAAGAGUUCUGUCACAGACUGAAAGAGCGGCUCGAGGCCUGGAUGGACACGAUGGAACAGAAUUGGAGACAGGUCGAUCGGAUGAGUAGUGUUGUGAUAUUCAGUCUCCGGCUAUAUCACCUUUGCCCGCCGGCAUUUGAAACACAGGCUCAUGAGCUCUUAUUAAGAGUCCGUUCCAUUACCUCAAACUGGAUUCUUCAAUUACAGCAUGAGGUGAGAUCAACAUUUGACGGCGACAUGGCCGGCAAGGCCGCCACUUUUGCCUUCUGGGCCGCGUUGCUUUGCCGACAAACAUUCUGGGGAUGUUUAGGUCAUCAUGGCUUUGAAAAGACGGUGCUCAAGGAUGACCCGUUACCUUUUUUCCGAUCGUCCAUCGCGCUUCAGGAGAACCUGCUUGAUAGUUCAGAUAAGCUGCCCACUCACUUGCAUAGUCUUUUCACCCAAGACAUGUCUGCCUCUUAUAACAUGAGGAGUAUUGUCGAAAAGUGGGUAAAGAGUGAUAUCAGCCUGGUAGAGAAGGCUAUCGACGAGACAUGGGCUAGUGCCAGCGCUUUCGCUAAGAGGUCUUACUCCCCGUGGAAGAAGCUCCCAGGCAAGCACUCGUGGUGGAUUUCAUCCGAGACCGCCCCCAGUGACUCAAUAGCUCCACAGAGAGUACAUUAUCAUAUACUUCAAGGUCACUUACUAGUGGAUCAAAAGCCCUUGGGGAGACUUCCCCGUGAGAUCAGAGAUAACGAAUCUAUCCUGGAGCUUUUUGAGGGGCGACACUUGCUAACACGGCCAUCCGGACUCUUGGACUAUCAAAUCCUUGCCGAAAUGGAAGGUCACCAGGUUCAUGUCGGCAUCAGAGAUGGCAAAAUAACCAUCAAAGCUCUAUUCAGAGGCUCCAUUCUUCAGUUCGUCCCGCGUUCUAUGCUGAAAGGUCCAAUGGGCUGGGACCUACCCGCAGACCUAGUUGACGAUUGCGUGCACUGGCUGGACUUGACUACUGGGAAUCUUGAGAUGCGUCGAAAACCACGGAUCUGGAGGCGCAAGCUAUCGAACUGGAUACUCGAUAUCCGAAAACGAAGAGCCACCCGAAACCCGGGAGCCAGUCUUGUUGAGCCAAACUCAGAGAUUGGGAGGAAAGUCGGUAGUAUUUUCCAAGACUUUGAAGACUCCAAGAGGUUGACGAUUUACCAAUCUGCCAAUGGAGAGUUGUCUGUGGAGUUGAAACGCUUGGAGAUUCGCUUCCAUGUCAACCAGAGGGGUUUACUGUUUUGCCCUCAGCUAAAGGCUGAAGUGGACCCUCAGCAAGAUAUCGGAACGCUCCACGGGUUGUGCAGUCGAGUGACUCUACGCGAUGCCUCGAACCCUGACAGAAGGAUUGUUCUAAUCCCAAUAGGGAACAUCCAAUGGCAGAGAGAGGGAAUCCAUGUCGCUGUCAGGAUUUCGAACGAAGGAGUGUACGCUAAAUACACACUUAACCCGGUUCUAGGCCGACUAGACUGCCCACCUGAGCCGCUUCUUCUUUAUCUCAAGGCAGCAAUACAUGCGCUGACGUCUUUCCCACUACCCGAUGACUUCACUGGGAAGACAGGAACCGAAGAAUCUCGCCACUGCCUGCUCUCGGCUCGUAGUCAGCCUUGGGCUCCUUUGGCGGGCUUCCCACAGAGAAUGUUAUCUGUCAUCAAGUCUCUAUCACCGGAAAGAACCCUUUACCCCCCAGGCAUCAAUCUAUAUCAGAAGGUGCGUUGGGAUCAGCAUUUGACUUCCACAAUCCAACAUGAAGACUUGGCUCCUCUAGUCGCUCUGAUUGAACGUCGGUCACGAGAUCUAGAGGCUUUUAGUAUGACACAACCUCAUCAAGACAAUAUGUCAUGUACCGCGUCUGUGGCUCAUUUGCAAAUCAGAGGCCGUAUUCGAAGGCAGCUUUAUGAUCGUGUCUGCUUUGAGUCCGAUUCAACAGUACUUUCUCAAGCAGCACAACCGGGUAACUUCAUCCCUAAUGGAGUUCAGAAGUCAUCAGUGAGGAGCUGCCGAGUGUAUCAGGCCAUUCGUGCAGUAAUGGACUCUGAUGUUGGUCUGUUUCGCCUUCCUAAACUUGCCCCAAUUUUAGAAACGUGGAGCACAUUUCGAGGGAUCAAGGAAUCCUUGUCAGAUAUUGAUUUGGCAGCGACUCUAGGUGUUGGAGCGCCACAGCUCUGGGGCUCUGUUGUCCAGAAGCUUCGUGAAAAAGACCCUACAAGAACUUACGACAAGUAUUUUUCCCUAGCUUUAUUCGCCUUCGACGACGAUGUUGACAUGGCUGUCAUAAUAUGGCUUGUGGCACUGUUCAAAAGCCGUAGGCUCAGUCGCAUCCAGUCGCCUAAUCAUUCCCUGUUCACAAACUUCCGCCAUUUUGAAAAACCGUCUGAAGAUGUGUUUUUAUCACGAGUGCUACCAGAAUUGUUCAGUGGCGAUCAGAGCGGACUGGUGCUGAAAGGUGAUCCUAAGAAAGAAGCGGCGUCACGAAUCACCUCUCACAUUUUCAAGAUGUGGCCAAAUCCACCGAUGUCGAGACAAGAGUUCGAAUUAUCGGUCAAAGACUUAAACCUGAAUGUCCAGAACUUAAGCCUCAAGAAAACCUGGCUGAAAUUCUACCCUGAACUUCAAAGACUGAAGAGUAAUUGGGAGCUGUCUGUCUAUCUCCUCGCGCUGGAGAGCGCAGCAGAAAUGAUGUUAGGCAAUCAAUCGGAGGCAGAGCAAAGCAUGUAUCAAGACGUCUGGAAUUUUGAACCAACGCGUUUGAGUACCAGAGACCCGGAAAGACCUAGAGAACAUUCAGCGGCUCAGGUUUCGAUGAUUGACUUACUAUCGAGGCAUAAAAUCCACGAGAGGCCCGAUGAGAACUCUCAAUGUUGGCUAGAAGAGCAAGGCCACUCUGCUGUUGGAAGUUACAACUCCAGCCUCCAGACCCAGGUUUCAGAGUUGCCUGUAGUUCAAAAGCCGGAGUUUCAUACACUCCGGACAAUUACACAACGACUCGUCUCUUCCCCUCUCACUUCGCAACGGGCUUACGGGGAGGAUCUUUUAGUGUCACUAGCCGCUUUGGCUCGACCGCAACAGAGCCGAAAGGAACUUUAUAGCAGACCACAUGUGUCUUCAGUGAAAGGAGAAAUUACUCGCUACCGUCAACUACUACGAAAGCAACAAGAUAAAAUCGAGCAGUUGGUUUCGCAAAGUGACGAGGGCUCAACAUGGCUUUCAAAGGGCCAGCUUUGGCCCUGCUUCUCACCAGUUGCAAUUCUUGAACAGCUGAGAAAUGGCAACAGAUCGCGAGUGCCUCAUGUCUUAGUUAACAGAAUAGUGGAGUAUGGGGUCCUGACUACGCGCCUUCAGCGUUAUCUGCGGAUAGAAGAUGCGAUUCUGCGCAGAGAUGAUAGAUGGUUGGAGGAGAACUUUGACACAGAGGGACACUCCAACUGGAAUCCGCUCAAGUACCCAGAAUGGCUUCUCCUAGAGAUCGACAGCAAUAUGCUGAUUCGACCUAUCCAAUUCGAAGUAGCGCAAGCUAUCAUUUCACCACCAUCGAUGUCCAAUUCUGUUCUACAGAUGAACAUGGGCCAAGGCAAAACCUCUUGCAUUAUGCCCAUCGCUGCGAUAUUGUUGGCUGACACAACUAAUCUGUGCCGACUGGUUGUGCCCCGAGCACUUCUCCUUCAGACAGCACAAGUGAUGCAAAGCCGACUGGGGGGGCUGGUAGGUCGAGAAGUUUGCCACAUACCCUUUGCUCGAAGAUCACCUACAGACGACCAGACUCUAGACCUUUAUCAAAAUCUUCACAGGAGAACUCUCGCGUCAGGGGGGGUCAUGUUAUGUUUGCCAGAACACCUACUUUCCUUCAAGCUGAGCGGGCUCCAGAAGCUGGCCGACAAGGAAGCGAAGAAAGCGCAGAAAAUGAUGAACAUCCAAGCAUGGUUGGAGUCGUCGAGCAGAGAUGUCCUUGACGAGUCUGAUCUCACUCUCUCGCCAAAGACACAGCUGAUAUAUCCCAGUGGCAUUCCCACCAUGAUUGAUGGUCACCCUCAGCGGUGGCAACUUAUCGAAGACAUGCUAUCUUUGGUUGAAUCUCAUGUGCCUCAACUCCAGGUCAAGUUUAAAGAUGGGAUACAUGUAUGGCGACGACACGGGGGCUUUCCUGUCAUUCACCUCUUGCGUCCUGAGGUUGAGGAUCAUCUCAACGCUCUUCUAGUGGAUGAUAUCUGUUAUGGGCGACUCUCGUAUGUGCGGUUCAAAGCUGAUACAAGUCCGGAUGCCAAAACAAACAUCAAACUAUUACUUUCAACUACUCAACCAUCCGCAUCUAUUUGGAAAAACGCAAUCAGGUCGUUGGAUGACGAGCCUUCUAGUACAAAAACCCUCCAUCUUCUUCACGGGCUCAUUCCCCAGCGGCUGUUGAUUCUCUGUCUGAAGAAGUCAUGGAAUGUUCAAUACGGCCUUCAUCCUGACAGAGCUCCCAUUGCAGUGCCAUUCGAAGCUAAGGGAAUACCCUCGCAAACUGCGGAGUACGGUCACCCCGACACGGCGCUUGUUCUUACAUGUUUGAGCUUUUACCAUGCUGGCUUGACCAAGUCUCAACUUCUCCAGAGUCUCCGGUUCAUCAGCAACUCUGAAGAUCCCUCCUCAUACUAUCAACGCUUUACCUCGUCACAACACCUUCCAGGAAACCUCCAACAUUGGCAUUUACUGGAAAUGGAAGACGAGGCUCAGAUCACCUUGCUCUGGCAACAUCUGAGGUUUGAGAAGCAUGUGGUCAAUCAUUUCAUGAAUAACUUUGCGUUUCCACAACAUGCCAAGCAGUUUGGAGUAAAGUUGCAAGCUUCGGCUUGGGACAUCCCCCUGCUAUUCGAGAGUAUGGAACGGCAAGGCAUGACAACAGGCUUUAGCGGGACCAAUGACAACAAAAAGAUCUUGCCACGCACGAUUCGUCAAGAUGAUCUGCCCAGUCUCAUACAAACCAACGCUGAAGUCCUGGUACAUAUGCUGGAGCCACGCAAUCAAAGAUGCUUUCAAGCUGUUGAUCAACAUGGACGGCAUCUCAAUGAAAAUGGGAUACUGGAACUACUUCGAAGCAAUGGCAUCAAGAUAUUGAUAGACGCGGGUGCCCAGAUCCUUGAGAUGGAGAACCACCAGCUUGCUGCGGCCUGGCUUGACGUCUAUCACGAAGCCCAGGGCGCGGUGUAUUUCGAUAAGAACAGCCGUAUCAUGGUACGAGCUCGUUUUCAAAAGACGCCCGUGCCGCUUUUGGCUAGUUCCUUUGCGGACAAUCUCGACAAAUGCGUGGUCUACAUCGACGAGGCGCACACGCGCGGGACUGACUUGAAGCUUCCAAUAUACGCGCAAGGAGCUGUGACAUUGGGCAUUAAUUCGACCAAAGACCAGAUCACGCAAGGUAAGUGCAUACAACAACCAGUAGGCCGUAUGAGGCUAACUAUGAUAGCUGCAAUGAGACUAAGGCAACUCGCGACAACGCAAUCAAUCGCAUUUGUUGCUCCCCCAGAGGUGUAUACAAGUGUUUUGUCUCUCCGAUCCGACCACAAUCCAAAGGUUGCAUCGUCGCAGCCAUUAAAGUCUCCCGACAUUAUCCACUGGCUCCUAGAGCAAAGUUGUCAAGCCAGUGACAAUAUGAUGUCCUUACACAUCGCCCAAGGGUUCGACUUUUGCAGACGUGAAGAUGCUCUAUUGAAGUUCGGAAAGUCCUCGCAGAACAAAAAGACGAGAGACAGGCUCCUCCAAGAAGUCCAGCAGCCCGAGGGACAGACAUUGGAGCAGCUCUACGGGCCAAAGGAGCAAGUGUUGUCGACUGGCUGGAAAGCAAUCAAAUCUGCCCAUUUGCAAAGCUUUGUGACAGAACUCCAUGGGCUGGAGACGGAUCUGGUUAAACACCAAAGGCGGGCAUGUUCCUCUGCUUUCGAUGAGGUGGAGCAGGAAAGAGAAGUCGAAUUUGAGGUCCACCAGCUUCGCGAAAAGCAGAAUCCUACACAUCUUACUGCCCUCGAGUUUCCGGGCCUCGACAAGGCCCUUUUAAGAUUCUGUGAGGAGCCUGUAGUAAAGGUGGAUGGCCUACAUUUCAUCCAGGCUCUUGACCUGAUCGGUCAUACCCAUCUUGGAUUUAAGUAUGGUAUUAAGCCCAAGGGAACUUCCUCGAAACUGCUUGUCUCCAAGGAGUUCUCUAGAACAGUUCAAACCUCGAAGGCUGAUGCUUCUCGCCAUCUUAUGCGACCAGUUGAAUGGGUACUCUGGAGACCUGAUAUCGAAACAGCCUUGAUCGUCAUUCCUGAGGAGGCUGAACUCCUUCUUCCAAUCCUCCGUAGGAUACACACACCCACGACCUUUCUUCUUACAUACACAUCUCCACAUACAAGAUCUCUCUUAGAGGUUGGUAACCUUGCCUACUAUCCUGUACCAACUCCGAAGAAGGAACUUGUGAUCCCUUCCUGGCUGAGCAUUGAGAUUGGUCUCAUGGCCGGUCGAUUGUAUCUUCCUUAUGAUGAGUAUACGAAGCUACGAAGCUGUCUCGAAGUUGACGGAAUGGCAGAGCCUUCGGUGAUGAAGGAAAAUAUUCAUCGCAGCAGGAAACAUACCCUUCCCAAUUUUGGUGCUUUCAAUCCUCAGUUGCUCUCAAAGUUUUUGACCGAAUGGAUUCCAUAUCGAUCUCGGUCAUCUGAUAUCAUGCACAACCCUAUGGGGUACCUGCUUCAAAAUCGGGACCUUCCUACGAAUCACCCGUUCUUUACUUUCAAACCCAAAUCGGCAGCUAUCGAAACCAGAUCAUUAGCUGUUUAUGGAGUGGCCACUAAGCGCGCAGAUGACCAAGAUAGUGAUGAUGAAAGCGAAUAG